AUUUUGAAUUGCCAUUUUUGAGUGUGUUAUCGUCGGAACACGUCGGGAAAAAGAGUAGGUCGUAGGUCAAAGGACAUUUUGAAUGAAAUACUGUGAUAUAUAAGUAAAAAAAAAGUUGGAGAAUAGUGAGUGUGUAUGUGAAUAUGUGAGAAAAGUGGGAAGGAAGGUCUGCGCACAAGAAGAGAGAACAAGAGUGGGUGAGUUGAACCUGGUGAACGACAACGGUUAAGAGAAGGUUGCGGGGUAGUGGACCAUCGAGCGAUGAUGGUUCAAGAGAGGGAGUGAAACGAAAGGGGUAGGGGAAGAGUCUGACCUGCUGGUAGUCUGGUUGAUCCAGCACCAAGCAGUGUGCGUUGUGACGUGUGAGACAAUGGCGGUAUUGUUAAUUGUGUUAUGGUGUAUUGUUGUGAUCAGCUGAUCGGCCUUCGGCAAGCAUUGCUGUCAAAAGGGACGUCAUUAUCCACCCGACCCAAUAUCCUUAUAAAAUACAUCAAGUGGACGGAUGACCCGCCGAUGUUGUCGUCGACCUGAUUGACAUCCCGCCUGACCCCCGCGUCCACCCCCGUGUGCACUGUCCCGUCAUUAUUCCAGUUUGCAAAGCGUAUCCUUUGUCCUCCCUUAUUAUUAAUCAGUAUUCUUUUUUCGUUUUUUUUUUCUUCCUUUUUCGCGAGUGAUUUCAAGAUAAUAAUUUAUAGUGGUGUGUGCGCGCGAGAUUCGCAAGAAAUAGAUUUAUAAAUGUGUCUGGACCAUGCCCGCGCGGAAAUACUACAGACGAGAUGUCAGCGAAGUUAGUUGCUUCCUCAAAUACAUGAUCUUUGGAUUUAAUGUUUUAUUUUGGUUGCUGGGUCUGGGCAUCAUGGCGGUGGGCGUUUGGGCAUGGACGGAAAAAGAUACAUUCAAUAAUUUGUCCCGCCUAACAAACAUUGCACUUGAUCCGGCAUUCAUCUUUAUUCUAGUCGGUACUGUGACAUUUGUCAUUGGAUUUACGGGCUCCAUAGGUGCGCUCAGGGAAAAUACGUGCCUCCUAGCUGCAUAUGCAAAUUUUCUUGCGCUGUUAUUGUUAUUGGAAAUGACAGCAGGCUUUUUGGGAUUCAUCUUUAAAGACUGGAUAAAGUCACAAGCGACGGGGGGCUUUCAAGCCUUCAUUAUUCAUUACCGAGAAGAUCCUGAUCAACAGAAUCUUAUUGAUUGGAUUCAAGAAGAUUGGUUGCAGUGUUGCGGUAUCGAAGGUCCAAAGGAUUGGGAUCGCAACAACUAUUUCAAUUGUUCUUCGAGCGAAAUUGGCUCCAGGGAAGCCUGCGGCGUGCCUUUUAGCUGUUGCAAGCGAAAACCUAAUGAAAUUAUAAAAAAUAAGCAGUGUGGCUAUGACGUAAGAAAACCCGGUUAUCCGGGAGAAAGGAGUAUAUUUGAAAGAGGUUGCCUAAGGGCAGGAGAAGAGUGGUUAGAAAUGAAUCUUGUACCUGUAGCGGGUAUGAUUGUCAGCACGAUGGUCUUACAGAACUUUGAUGUCGGCAAAGUAAUAUAUGAAAAAGGGUGCGUUCAAGCGGGAGAAGAGUGGAUGGAGAGAAAUCUUCUUGCUAUAGCCACUGGUGUUGUUGGAAUGGCAUUUAUUCAGAUCGUUGGUAUUUGUUUCGCUCAAAAUCUGCGGGCGGAUAUAUUCGUACAAAAAGCGAAGUGGCAUUGACAUUCGAGGGCCCCCACGGCAGUUUAGCAUCUUAUACUGAUCAAGGAUGCUGACCUACCACGUUUGUGAAGACCAUAAAAGCCAAGAUAAAUAUCGACAUCGUUUUUUCCCCAUCUCACCACAUACACAGAGAGACAACAUCUCAGAAAAUAAGUCAACAAAUAAUAUAGAAAUAUUCUAAAAAAAAUUCUUAAAAAUCGAAAAACUGCGUUGUCAACAUUAUUGUUCCACGAAUAUUAGCCGAUAGUUUGUUAUUUUUUUUUUUUCCUCAAGAACUGAAUAAUUUCAAAAAUCUGCAAAUAAUGUUUUAAUUGUAAAUAGGUAAGAAAAAUUUUUCUCGAAUUUUUCCACUAUUUUUGACAUUUAAAAAUUGUCGGACUUUAUUUAAAAACUGUCGUUUAUUUUUUUCAAAUUUCUUUUUUUCAAAAUUAAUUCUAUUUUUUCAUGAAAAAAAUAUUUUUUAAAAUUAUUCGCCUCAUGUUGGAAAAUUUAGAAAAUUGUUUUUCCUUACCUAUAUGCAAAAAUAGAAAAAUCGAUUGACGUACAAUUUUUAUUUUAGAAAUUAUUUAUAUUUGAAUUAUGCAAAAUUUUUCUUGAAAUGAAUGAAGAAAAAAAAAAUCAUUGUAAAUGGAAACGAAUAGAUGUCGGUUUAUAAUAUGUGCUUUUAUUCGAUUCCAUAUUUUGUAAUAUUUAUAAUUUAUUUUUUAUAAAUUGUGUGAAAAUUGACGAAGAUUGCACUCAUUAGUGACGUGUGAUGCAAAAUGGAUGUGAAUUGUUGUAAUAAGACAAUUUCUCUGCAAGGAGCGAAUCUUUUGUAUGUACGUACCUUACUCGCACGUUAAUACACAUUUGUUGUAAAUAGCGUAAAUUUCACGAGUCGCAAUAAAUCGUAACGGAAGUUAUUAAUAUAUAAAAUAUAUAUAUAUAUAUAUAUAAACACACGUUCCGUCCAUUGUGUGGUAAGGUAUUUUCACUAUAGUGAAACAUCCAAGGUGCUUUUCAUCUAGUGCAAGCUUCGACAAUUUUCGACACACUUUAAAUUGUCGCCACAUAAUCAAUGGAUUAAUGGAAGCUUUUAGGAGCUUACGAAAUUGUUAAAUCAUUAGAUUAUAGUCUGUGUUCAAUAUUCCAUUUUUUUUCCCCCAGCAUAGUAAUCUCGGCCAAGGAUGUCGUCAAUUUUAUUAGAAUAUCAAAGAAAAAUAGUAUCAUCUGAAUAUUUUAUUAGAGGUAAAAAAAAAGUGCUCCAAUUUUUCUCGCAUACUUGAAUUAAUUAAUCCAUUUUUGCAAUAAUUCAAGCGGAAAUUUUUAUUAAAAAUUUAUUUUAUUUUUAAUAUAAUUAAUUAUUAACAUGCAAAUGACAAGUUCUAUUUCAACUUAGAAAAUUAUUUAUUAUAUUAAUUAACAUUUAAUUUAAUUUUCCGAUUUCUAUAAAAAAUUGUGACGCAUCUUUGACGAGAGAUAAAAAAAAAAUUAUGGCUGGCUCAGGGACAAACUUAACGGUUCAUAUAACGUAUUAUUAAAGGUGAGAAUAAAAAAGAAAAAAUGUGGCUAAUUGGGAAAAACCGAUAUCGAGUUAUUCAACUUUGAAAGUUGAAGGUUAAUCAAGGUUUUCGAGUCAAUCAACGUGGCUUCGUGGGGGCGCGGCAUUGUCUGGCCAACAUUGCCGCAGGGUAAAUUUUUUGCUUCUAGCGAUAUUUUAGGGCCGUUAAUUUAUAAGUAUAAUUAUUAAAAAAAAAAAAUAGACUUUCCUAUUAUUCCGCUCGUAUAUAUAAAUAUAUAAUAAUGAUCGUUGUACACUGAGCAAAAAGUUGUCGGAUAUUAUUUCCUCUUGCAAAAAAGAAAAAAAAAAUUAAAUAUAAAAAAAGCGAUAGUUAGAAAUUACUACAUGUAAAAAUUUAGAAUAUUCUCCCGACUGAAUUUCGACAAUCCUGAUAUAAAAAUGAUCUAAAAUGAUAAUAAUAAUAAUUUAAAAUUAAAAUUUGAAAAAAUUGUUUUACUUUUAAAAGUUUUUUUUAGAGAAUUAUUAUUAUUAAAUAUUUUACAAUUCUUGUGUCUAUUUAUACAAACAAAAAAAUGUAUUCAAUGUUUAAUUCUUUUUAUUUAUUGAUAAAAAAAUUUUUUUUUUUUUUCAUUUAAAAUGAGUAUUUAAUUAAAGUAGGUAGCCAAAACAUUAUUAAAUAAACCUAGUGAGAAUAAUUUUUAUCGAAUAAUAAUAACUUCCACUAAUUUUUUGCUUCAGUGUAAAAAUAACAAACUGAGCAUUUUAUUGAUCAUGAUAGAAAAAAAAGUGAUAAAAGAACAAGCGGACGCUCCUAUUUUUAUUUUGCUCGAAAUACAUUCCAGUUUAAGAAAAAAAAAAAAAAAAAAAAAACUAUGAAUAAUAAAGCUCGUGACUGGACAAACAGCGAAAGUUGUCAUGUCUUAUAUUGUAUUAGAAAAAUAAUUUUAUCAAUUGCGAGAGAGAGAGAGAGAGA